UGCAGCUAACGCUGACGUCGCCUUUUGCACCAAGAUGGCGGCGCUGACAGCAGUCACACAGACCCGGCCCGGUUCUAUGUUAACCCCGAAACGGAUCCGCACGAUGGCGGAGAGGCGCUUCGGUUCCGUCAGCCCUAAGCUCGCCCUGCUGUUGUGGUUGGCGUCCAUGCUGCCGCGCGCUGAGGCUGACGGGAAAACGCUGGUGCUACUGGACAACCUGAACAUCAGAGACACUCAUUCGGUCUUCUUUCGCAGUCUGGCCGAUCGAGGCUUUGACCUGACCUUUAAGACCGCGGACGACCCCUCCCUGUCUCUGAUCAAAUACGGGCAGUUCCUGUACGAUCACCUGAUCCUGUUCUCUCCAUCAGUGGAAGAUUUUGGUGGAAGCAUCAACGUGGAGACCAUCACAUCUUUCAUCGAUGGGGGUGGCAAUGUUCUAGUGGCUGCCAGUUCAGACAUCGGUGACCCUCUGCGGGAGCUGGGCAGCGAGUGUGGCAUCGAGUUUGAUGAGGAGAGGACGGCUGUCAUCGACCAUCACAACUACGACGUGUCGGAUCCUGGAGAGCACACCCUGAUCGUGGCUGACCCUCAGAACAUGCUGAAGGCCCCCACCAUUGUCGGGAAGCCUACAGAUAAACCCGUCUUAUUUAAGGGUGUGGGCAUGGUGGCUGACCCAGACAACCCACUGGUCCUUGACAUCCUCACUGGCUCUUCCACUUCCUACUCCUACUUCCCUGACAGAGCCAUCUCCCAGUACCCCCACGCCGUGGGCAAGAACACGCUGCUGAUCGCCGGCCUUCAGGCCCGGAACAACGCCCGGGUGGUUUUCAGCGGCUCCCUGGACUUCUUCAGUGACGCCUUCUUCAACUCCGCGGUGCAGAAAGCCAUGCCGGGUUCUCCCAGGCACGAGCAGACGGGGAACAUGGAGUUGGCUGUGGCUCUUUCCCGUUGGGUGUUCAAAGAGGCGGGGGUCCUCCGAGUGGGAGCUGUGAGCCACCAUCGCGUUGGAGAGACCACGCCCCCCACCGCGUACACCAUUACAGACCUUGUGGAGUACAGCAUCGUCAUUGAAAUGCUGUCUGAGGGCCGCUGGGUCCCUUUUGACGGCGACGACAUCCAGCUGGAGUUUGUGAGGAUCGAUCCGUUCGUCAGAACUUUCCUCCAGAGAAACGGAGGUAAAUACAGCGUCCAGUUCAAGCUGCCCGACGUCUACGGAGUCUUUCAGUUCAAAGUGGAUUACAACCGGCUGGGAUACACCCACCUGUACUCCUCCACCCAGGUGUCAGUGCGCCCCCUACAGCACACUCAGUACGAGCGCUUCAUCCCCUCGGCCUUCCCGUACUACGCCAGUGCCUUCUCCAUGAUGGCCGGACUCUUCGUCUUCAGCGUGGUUUUCCUGCACAUGAAGGAGAAGGAGAAGACGGACUAGUUCAGAGGAACCGCGGAGCAAAAGAACUUGUGUGAAGAGUUCAAAGUGAAUGUCUGUGGAACAGGGACUUGGACUUGAUUUUUUUAUUUAUCUGGCACUCAUUUGGAAUCUCUGGGGAAAGGGGGGUUUACUGACUUUAUCUACUUUUUUUAAGCUAUGUCACAAUUAGCCAAAUGUUUAUUCAAAAGUUAGAAAUGUGUUUUUUUUUCAUCAGAUAAAUUCCAUUUGAAAAGAGCAGAAAUGUCGGGCACUGAAAACGUUUGUUUUGAUAAAGAUUAGUUUCCAUAGAAAUCUGGGGUCUGCUAAAUAAAACGUUGACAUUCCACUCUAAA